AUGGCAAAGAAGAUGAGAGAAACAAUCACCUCCUACAUUCUCCCUAUCCUCCUCCUCCUUCUCGCCGUCCAAACCAACGCGCACAAUGUCACACGCCUCUUAUCACACCACCCUUCUUUCUCCUCCUUCAACCAUCUCCUAACCAAAACUUACCUCGCCGACGAAAUCAACCGUAGAACCACCAUAACCGUCUGCGCCGUCAACAACUCCGCCAUGUCAGCAUUAACCUCCAAAGGCUACACAAUCUCAACACUCAAACACAUCCUCUCCCUCCACGUCCUCCUCGACUACUUCGACGCCAAGAAACUCCAACAGAUCGGCGGCGGCUCAGCUCUCGCCGCCACUCUCUUCCAAGCCACCGGAGAUGCUCCGGAAACUACAGGAUUCGUCAAUAUAACGAUCCUGAGAGACGGCACGGUCGGCUUACGUCCCGACGGCGGUAAUCUUUCUUCCUUCUUCGUCAAGUCUAUUGAAGAAGUUCCGUACAACAUCUCCAUUAUACAGAUAAACAGAAUCUUACCGUCUGACACUGCGUCAGCACCUACUCGGGAUCCAGAGGAGAUGAAUAUCACCGGAAUAAUGUUGGCUCGUGGCUGUAAAGUGUUUGCCGAGACUCUUCUGUCUAGCCACAGAGCUUCAAUAACCUAUCAGGAGAGUGUACAAGGACUAGGAGGCAUGACAGUGUUCUGUCCAGGAGAUGACGCCAUGGAAAGAUUCUUGCCGAAAUACAAGAAGUUGACCGCUCCAAAGAAAGAAGCUUUCCUCCAGUUCCUCGCUGUCCCGACUUACUACUCAAUGACGAUGCUCAAAACCAACAAUGGUCCAAUGAACACACUUGCCACAUAUGGAGCAAACAAGUUCCAGCUCACUGUACAGAACGAUGGAGAUAAAGUUAACCUCAAGACAAGGAUUAACAUUGUCCAGAUCGUUGACACUCUGAUCGACGAGCAGCCAUUGAGUAUUUAUAGGACAGAUGAGGUUUUAUUACCUAAAGAGCUGUUUAAGGCUUCGGCUGUUGAAGCUUCUCCUCCGGCACCGGAGGAUGGUGAUGUUGCGGAUUGUCAAAAACCGUCUAAAGGGAAAGCGAAUGGGAAGAAGAAGAAGGCUGCCCCGUCGCCUGAUGAUUCUCUUGGUGAGUCGGAUUCGCCUGCAGAAGGGCCUGAUGGAGAGGCCGAUGAUGUGACUGCUGAUGAGGCCAGUGGUGCAGUUAGGAUCGUUGGUGGAGCUAAGGCUGGUUUGGUGUUGGUUGUGAGCUUGCUCAACUUAUUUGCUUCUUUUUGGCUUCUAUAG